AUAACGUUUGAGCCGCGUUGCAAGUAACAAUACAGUAUUGCAUCAACAAGAAAAUCGAAGCUGCUACACAAAAACACCGUAAUCACUGUCUGCUUUAGCCAAAUCGCCAACCGCCAGCCGCCAAAGCGGACAAUCAACACCGAAUAGGCAAGCAUUGUCACGCGCCUGACAGCGUGCAACAUAUCAAUCAGUUAGACAAUCAGUACGAGAAGGCAAAGGCAAGCAAGUUCAGUGGCUUAAUACACGCCUUUUCAAUUCGCAAUUCGUCACAUUUGUUCCGGCGUUUAUUCGCCUAUCUAGUUGCUGUUAUCAAAGUUGUUGUUAUUGUUUUAGUGUUUGCUAUUGUUGUAGUCAUCGCCGGUGCCGGCAUCAUGUUGCUGCAUUCAAACGGUUUGCUUUCACUUUUCGUCAUCAUUGUGAUGUUGUUUGCGCUCUCUGACGGAUAUCCCUCCAAGGAGAAAUUAAAGAUUCGCAUACAUGUGCCCGUGAAACAUCACACACACGUACACACCAAAACCGUCAUAAAGAAAGUGCCGCUGCCAAUACCGGUGCCGGUAAAAGAACACGAACCCGUCAAAGAGCAUCAUCACCAUCACUAUGAGAAAGAGGCGGAGGAAGACUUUGAAGGUUACGAUUAUCCGAAGAGAAAGCGACAAGUACGGCAUCCUUUCGUUUGAGAAUGAAGUGAGACGAAUGGAGAAGGUACAAAGAAUGACAACAAAUCAAAAGGAGACAAGGAGGACACGCUUGAGGAGAAGGCUUACGUUGAAGAUAGCUUGGAAGAAAUAUAUACAGCAAAAAGGCAGUGGUCAAAUGUGGUCCACAAAUAAGCAUUGAAUUCCAAAACAAAUAACUUGUACUAAUAUGUUGAAUUUUUUAUACACUGACAUUCGAAAUCUAAAUUGUAAAUUUGUUAACAUUCGCAUAUGCUACGGACAGUCUGCCGCAACACAUACUCACACACACACCCGCACAAUGUACCCAAAUGUUUGCAUUAAUCUGCGGAUAAUGUGCGCAGAUUUAUUUAGUCGUGAUAAGAUUUAAAUUAUAGUUUAGAGUAGACAGUCAAGGCGAAAGCGCACACUAAGUCCAAAGGACGAAGAAAGUAUAACCAAAGCUGUGAAUGGAUGAGCGAGACACGACGGGUGAAACGGUGAAAAGGCGAGCGCACAUAGAUUUAUCUUCAUAUCCGUUGUAAUUUCGCCCGGAUAGACAUCUAUGUAAUAUAUAAUUCGCACACGUCUUCACACACACACGCACACACAUAGCAUAGUUAUUAUUUGCUUAGUAUAUAACUUAGCUUGUAGACUUGUGUUAUGGCAAAAGUUCGUAAAUAUAUGCAUAUUAAAAAUUUUAUCAGUA